AUUAGGUUGAGUCACAUGACAGUGGAAUGAACAUGGCUGCGUCCUUUCAGGCUUCGUGUUUCCUGUAAAUCGCACUGUCUCGCAACCAACGCAGCUCUCGGUGUUUCCAUGGAGUGAAGAUGGCACCGUUUCCAGAUGAGGUGGAUGUUUUCACGGGCCCACACUGGCGAAUGAAGCAGUUAGUGGGUCUUUAUUGCGAGAAGCUGUCGAAGACCAACUUCUCCAACAACCAGGAUUUCCGGUCCUUCCUGCAGUCGCUGUGCGCAACGUUCACAGAAUUCAAGAUGCACGAGCAAAUCGAGAACGAUUACAUCAUCUGCCUGCUUCAGCAGCGCAGCAACACCGUCUACAACGUGCACUCUGACAACAAGCUGUCCGACAUGCUGUCACUCUUCCACACAGGCCUGUGCAGUGUCAAGAACGAGUGUGAGCAGCUGAACUACGCACGGCAGCUGAAGGAGCGCUUGGAGGCGUUCACUCAGGACUUCCUGCCCCACAUGAAGGAGGAGGAAGAGGUGUUCCAGCCCAUGCUGAUGGAGUACUUCACCUACGAGGAGCUGAAGGACAUUAAGAAGACUGUGAUGGCCCAGCACUGCCGGUGUCCGCAGGGCGACAGCGUGGCGGACUGCGGAUGCCCUGAGGGGGGCGCCACCGAGGUGCUGAAGGGCCUGAGCCUGUGGAGCCAACGCGCCUUCAAGUACUCUGCUCACGAGAAGGCAGGCCGCGAGCCGGACGAGCAGCCUGUGCCCCUCCUGCCUCCAGAAGUCUUGCUGAAGGUGUUCCGUUACCUGGGCCCUGACGACCUGUGCCGCUGUGGGCAGGUGUGCACGGUCUGGUCUCACCUGGCCAGGACGGGGUCGCUGUGGAAACACCUGUACCCCUUACGCUGGGCUAGAGGGAGGUACUGCAGGGGGCCCCCGGAGGACCCGGAGCAGGAGCCGGAUGAGGAGUGGGAGCAGAGCAGAGAGGAAGAGAGCCGGGCGUGGGACGAGGACGCCGACAUCGAUGAGUCCGAGGGGGCCCUGGAGGAUUCUUCCGCCAUUGGUGCCAUUCAGAGGGAGAAGAAGGUGCUCCAUGGGAUUAUCCAGAACCUCCUGCCCGCUGUCGGACCUUCGGUCCGGUCCAUCGUCCUGGCCUACAGCGCCGCCCUCUCCAGCAAAAUGGUGAGACAGAUCCUCAGCCUCUGUCCGAACCUCACUCACCUGGACCUCACCCAGACCGACAUCACGGACUCCGCCUUCGACAGCUGGGCGUGUCUGGGGGCGUGUCAUACGCUGGAGCACCUGGACCUAUCGGGCUGUGAGAAGAUCACGGACGUCACGCUGAAGAGGCUGUCAUUGGCCCUGGGUGAUUUGGCCCCGCCCACCGCCCCGUGUGCUGCCCCGCCCACCUCGCUGGAGGCGGAGCCUGGCGGGCGACAGGCCCUGGUGUUCCGGCGGCGGCCGGGGGGCGGGCGCUCCCACGGCCCCGCCCACGUCUGGCUGCUGGACUCGGCCCAGUUGGCGGACAUCGAGGACGCUGGCGAAUGGAGGCGCAGGGGCGGGGCUUCUGACGGGGGGCGGGGCCUCUGGGAGCCCCUGGCCCCGCCCACCGGGGCGUGCUGCUGCAGGAGGAGCAGGAGGAGGGGCCUGGCCGCGAACGCAGCCUCCUAUUGGCCGCAGCUGGGCGGUGUGGGAGAGGCUGGCGGCGGAGGCCACGCCUCCUGCUGUGGGGGGCAGGGCCUGAGGACUGUGUCGCCCACAAGGGGCGGGGCUGAGUUUCGGACUAAGCGGGCGGAGGAGGCGGAGCCGCCCAGGCCCCGCCCCCGGAAGAGCUCCUGCCGCAGACUGAGGCUGCUCAGCCUGUCGGGCUGCUACCAAGUCACCGACCUGGGGCUCAGGGCUCUGGCUCAGCGUGGUGGUCUCCCCAGGCUGGAGCACCUCAACCUCUCUGGCUGCCUCUUCGCCACAGAGAGUGGCCUGCAGGAGCUGGUGACGGCCUGCCCCUCCCUCAACGACCAACACUUCUACUACUGCGACAACAUCAACGGUCCCCAUGCCGACACGGCCAGCGGGUGCCAGAACCUGCAGUGUGGAUUCCGUGCAUGCUGCCGGUCGGGCGAGUGAUCCGGCCCCGCCCCGCCCCCUGCCUGCACUUUAACCUUUAACCUUUGGGCUGCCAGCCGGUUCCCCACCCGAGGCGUUCUUGCUUUCACAAACGAAGAGAAGCGGGAAGAGAAUUUAAAAAAUGUCUGUUCCGAUCUGUGUGCCCGAGAAAUGUGCAUCUCUGCUGCAGGGGAAAAACCCAUCGGACUAAAGUCACACGCCAGUGUUGUAUUCUUUCGGUUUGUUUACUCCUGCACCCCCCGCCCCAGAUUUCAUUUUUCCCGUUUCGGUAGAUGUUCUUUUGCGGUUUGCUUUCACGGUGCUGUGCUGAUCUGUAGAGAUUUUAGCCGUGUUUAACACCAGGCGCAGCUGGUUUAGUUUGAGUUCAUCGCCUCUGCUCUUAGUCCUAAAACACUAAUGGAGAUUGCCGUGCUUCUAAUGUGAUGGUUUGUUUGACCUUAUUUUGAAGAAUAAGGGCGUUGUUCCUCCAGACCUCGGCCGGUCCGCCGAUGUCAUCCCGGCUUUGCUUUGUGUUCUGCACACGAGACCACUUCCAGCUCCAUGAAUCCUACAGAAGACACCAGUGUAAAAUGCACACACACACACACCUGAGAGAAUAAAGGUUCUUCAGUACCAACA